GUCCACCUCACUUUUCUCCGGGUGUUGUCCGUCUCCCGGCGCACACACACACUCACACACUCACAGCUUCCAUCUAUCCGUGCAGUUCUCCUCAUUGUAGUGUGACUGUGCUCAUCAAUUAGGCUAGAGUUCAGGCUUUUUAGACACACUAAUUGCCUUUGAGCGCUUCGGAGGGGACUGCAAGCUGCGGACAGAGGCUCGGAGAAGUUUUGGCUGCGGGGAAGCGGUGAGAAACGAAACACAGUCAUGCCCUCAGUGAUGGAGCGCUCGGGGGCUGGGGUCCUGUCCAGGAGCAGAGCCAAAACCGUAACCAACGGGAAUAGCCAGCCACACUCUGAGGAGGAGAGCAGCGAUGAAGAGCAUGCUCACGACAGCAUGAUCAGAGUGGGAGGAGACUACCAGGCUCAGAUCCCAGAGUUCAAACCAGACAGCCCGGCCCGCUACAGUGAGAAGGACCAGAGGAGCAUGUUGGUCUGGUGUCCCAACAGCCAGCUCUCUGAUGCUAUGUUGGACGAGUACAUCCUCAUGGCUAAGGAGAAACACGGAUACAACAUGGAGCAGGCUCUGGGGAUGUUAUUAUGGCACAAACACGACGUGGAGCGCUCGCUGGCUGACCUGGCAAACUUCACCCCCUUCCCAGAUGAGUGGACAGUUGAAGAUAAAGUGCUGUUCGAGCAAGCCUUCAGCUUCCACGGCAAGAGCUUCCACCGCAUCCAGCAGAUGCUUCCAGACAAGCUGAUCUCCAGCCUGGUAAAGUACUACUACAGCUGGAAGAAGACCAGAACCAGGACAUCAGUCAUGGACCGACAGGCCAGGAGGCUGAUCAACAAGAGAGAGAAAGAUGACAGUAAUGAUGAGAUUGAAGAAGGAGAGCAGGCCAGUGACAGUGAUUUUGAAAUUGAUGCCAAGAAAGAGGCGGCAAAACAGAACGCGAGCAGCACCAGCUCUGACAAAGCCACGCCCAGCCGCUCCGGUCCAGUGAAGAAGGAGAACAUCGGAGCUCAGUACAGACACCACCCGCUCAGAGCCCGCCGCAGGCCACCCAAAGGCAUGCACCUGGAGCAGGCGGACAUCAUGUCUCUGUCGGCCUCUCACGAUGCUGGAGUUCUAACCAUUCGCCAGCUGGACACACAGCUGGUUUCACUCAAGAGACAGGUCCAGUCUAUCAAACAGAACAACAGCAGUUUUAAGCAGAGCCUAGCUGAAGGUGUUGAUGGCUCCAGACCUACAGACCCUGCCCCUAAGAUGAACUCUCGUUGGUCCACAGAGGAGCAGCUCCUUGCAGUGCAGGCUAUCCGGCGUUAUGGUAAAGACUUCACCGCCAUCGCUGAAGUGAUCGGGACUAAGACUCCGGCUCAGGUGAGCUCGUUCUUCGUGAGCUACCGGCGCCGCUUCAACCUAGACGAAGUGCUAAGGGAGUGGGCGGCGGAGCAAGUGGCCACCAGCCGAGACCAGAGAGACCCCAGGAGGAGUGGUGAGGAGAUGGCAACGGCUACGGAUGGUGGCGUAGAAGAGGAGGAGAUUUAG